AUGCUCGACCUUGAGAUACCAGCCCAAAACACUUUGUCGCCUUCUGAAGGUACUCCACACCUGACGAUCAACCAUGAGGCUACCAUCGAUCUUGAUAGUAGCAAUGCUUUCGAAGGCCCCGAGAAGUUGCUAGAGGUCUGGUUUGCCCCAGCUCCCGAUGCCCUCCCUCCAGGAACCAAGAAAGAUGGCUUGAAGGCGGUCGCCGCGGAUACAUGGAAGGGAAUGUUGGAUUUGGUCAACUGCAAGGUCCUUUCCGUCAUCGAAUCCGAGCACAUUGAUGCCUACCUCCUCUCCGAGUCGAGCAUGUUCGUCUUCCCUCACAAACUUAUCCUGAAGACUUGCGGCACUACCACUCUCUUGCUGGGACUCCACCGCAUGUUGAGGAUCGCUGCGGUUGAAGCUGGGUUCCCUUUCGACAAUACCGAUUCGAUGGAGGAUAUCAAGACUGCGGCUACGCCAUACCGAGUCUUCUACAGCCGCAAGAACUUCCUAUUCCCAGAUAAGCAACGUGGUCCUCACCGUAGCUGGAAGCACGAAGUCAACUUCCUGGAUUCCAUGUUUGCUGGUGGCAGUGCGUACAUGGUGGGGAAGAUGAAUGGUGAUCAUUGGUAUCUCUACUUGACAUCACCAAACACCUCUCUCACACCACCAAGAACACCCGACAAUGAGCGGUCACCCACCGAGACCAAGAUCCUGAAGAUCCCCGGAAACUCGGCCUACGCCAUCGGCCAGCGAGCCAUCGAAAACGAUGACGAGACCCUCGAGAUCCUCAUGACCGACCUCGAUCAGGAUAAUGCCCAGAAGUUCUAUCUCGAACACGCGAGUGCGGUCGCGGAAGGCAAAUAUUUCGAUCGAGCCCAGAAAGCACGGAAAGAAGGCGCUAACAGUCCCGGCGACCUCGGCGAAGCCAUGACAAGCUCAACCCUCAGCGGCACCACUGCUGCCUCCAACGACGGGAAGUCCGACGUCUUCAGCCACGCAUCCUCCGAGAGCAACACCUGCACCCUCGAGGACGAAGCCCCCUUCCCCGAAAACCUCAGCACCGAAGGCCACGCGCUCGGAACGGUCGUGUCGGAGGCCUGUGGACUGUCGGACGUGUAUCCCACGUCCAGAUACCCCGAUGCUCGCGUCGACGCGUAUCUGUUCACACCGUGCGGAUUCUCUGCCAACGGGGUGAUUCCGGCGCCGCACAAGGCAGGUGCUGCAACGCACUACUUUACGGUUCACGUCACGCCAGAGGCCCAGUGCUCGUACGCCUCGUUUGAGACUAACGUGCCCGGUCGCCAGACGGGCCGUGAGACGUCGGAGGUUGUGGAGCAUGUGGUUGAUAUCUUCAAGCCGGGGCGCUUCAGCGUCACGCUCUUUGAGGCCAAGGCUGAUUCUCUCGAGACUCCUGUGGGAGAGAUGAAGGCGACAGCUGCGCGGAGCGCGAAGAUGGAGCGGAUCGCGGGGUAUAAGAGGGUUGAUCGGAUCGUGCAUGAGCUGGAUGGGUACGAUCUCGUGUUUGGGUACUACGAGAAGGAUGGGUUCCUUGGCGGGCCGCCGCGGUUGGGGGAAGUUGACUGA